AUGCCUGGGCAUCCGGCCGUGCACGGCGCGCGGGGAGCGACCGCGGGGGAGGCCUCGGAGGCCAGCGCGGGCCCUCGGCCCCGCGCGGCGGGCCCGGGCGAGGCGCUGCGCCUGGCCUCCACGGAGCCCCUGGUGGAGCACUGCGCCGAGGUCCCCUGGGAGGCACCAGUGAACUUGGCGCUCGCGGCGCCGAGCAGAGCCGUGAGGAUGGGCGGGGCGUUCUCGUUCAUGUGCGCCCUGAGGAUGGAUGGCAUCGGCAGCUGGAGCCGCGUGUUCGACUUCUCCCUCGUAGCCGACGAGGACAGCAUCACGGCCGGGGCCGUCGGGCUGACGCGCGACCUGCAUUUCACAGUCUUCCGGGGGAAGAAGCCGUUCAGCGUGACCGUGAGCAAUUUCUUCGAGCUCGGAGAAGAGGUUACCAUGCUGUGCACGGUCUCGCCCUCGGGGCACAUGCGGGUCUUCAAGGACGGUGCGCUCGUAGGGGAGAACGCAGAGGGCAUGGCUCCUCUGCGACAGGACAGGCCGCGCAUGAUCGUGGGCGGCCACUACAUGUACACCGACCAGGCCUUCCACGGAAGCAUUAGAGACGUGAAGGUGUGGAACCUAGAGUUGGAGUGGCCAAUGCUGGGGAAUGCCGGAUCAUCGCUCGUGCCGAAGGAGGGCGGGUGGUUUCCCGACGACGUUGAUACCGUGCUCCUCCCCACACGCAAAGGCAAGGAUGUGUCGCUCGUGGGCCUCGUGGAGUCCUUCGAUGGCGAGUCCACCGAUGCUGACUCCCUCGAUGUCGAGUCCCUCGUUUCCGACACUGGUGGACAGGGCAGGCAUGCGUUCGCGUACGUAAGCGCCUUCGCCCUGCUCCGACGCAUCUGGAAAGAGAGUGAGAGCCAGCAGCGGGGGCACGACUGCGUCUCCGAGUACUUCGGUGCCGCGCUGCAGAUUGCUGGCCCGAAGGCAGUGCGGGUACGAAACCCGAGGGCACCAACCGCCAGCGACGGCGAGUCGCAGCAGGCAAAGCACGCGGGACCUGGGAACGUCGGCAGCGAGUCGGUUGUUCGACGCCCGCGCGGGGCGGCCUCCGCGGGCGGCGGCGUGCGGGCGCUCGUCGCUGCGGGCGGCGGAGGCGCGGAGCAGCUGUUCGUUGCGAUGAAGACCGGCAGCGGGGCACCCGCGGGUCUCUCUGGCAUGGCCUGGCACUCGCUCGUCGCGCUGGCGCUGGCUGCGAGCUGCGUGGUGGCGCCCCUGGCGCUGAUUUUCGACGCGCGGCUGGGCGCUGUUGCGACGGCCGUGGGCGUGGCCCUCCUGGGCCUCGGCGCGGCCUGCCUCCUGGGCGCCCUGCUCUCCUGCGCCGCCGGGAGCGGCGGGUGCGCCACGGAGCUGCAGCGGAGGUGCACCUUCGCCGCGCCCUGGCUGCUCAACCCGGUGGCCUUCGUCGUCCUCGGCUGCAGGACAGGCUACUUGGACCUCGCAAGGUGGAGCUGCGUGCCGCUCGGGGCGGCGCUGGUGCUGCUGCGCGGGUGGCCCCGGGUGCUGGCCGCAGGCGGUCCCCACUCCCUCGCGCACCGGCUCUAUCUGGUGACCCAG